AUGAUUUCGGUCGGGCCACUUGAUGGCUCGACUGAAACCGUUUGCGUCGCGAGUCGUUGGCAGGCCGCAGUGAGUUUAUCAUCACUGGCUCCUGCGUGGAAGCGGCUGACGGCAAUCCCAGUCCGACAUCGGCUGCAUCACUCGAAGACGCAGUCUGUACCCCAUGUGUUCGGCAUUACGCUAUGCCGUCUAAUUGUUCGUUGUUCAUCUUGA